AUGCCUGUGUCUGGAAACGACGACAUUACCGACGACUAUGUCACCGAGAUGCUCAAGCGAGACGCCAAGGCUGUGUCUUCAUCGUCCAGUCUCGCCUCGCUGAUGAACAAAAGCUCUCGCUCUGCCAACGCCCCAAAACCGAAUACCAGGUUCUUGAGAAACAUUCUCCGCGACACAGACAACCACAAUUCGGCCUUGCUCAAGAAAGAGGCCGACGAAUCGAAACUGCGUCUGCAAAGNUUGCGCCACUCCAACCGUCCUGCUCAGCAGCUCUACUCUGCCCGCGAUAGGCAUGACCCUAAGAGGAGACGCCUUGAUCCCAAGGAUGAUCGCACAUCUGCUGAGCAAACGACCCGCUCUGAUCGUCGCCAUUCUCCACAUGAAAGAACCACACAUUCGCGUUCCACCCGCCGCGAUACAUCACCAGACAAUCAUUCCUCACACCGUCAUCACAGAGACCGUCGCUCGCCAGACUCAAGACACCGUGAAUCAACCAGACGCCAUCAUCACUCGAGACACCGCUCCUCCUCACCGCGUAACCGCCAUGCAUCGACUAGGCCAUCCAAGUCGUCUGAUAACUCGAGUCGCCGCCACAGGCGAAGACGUUCCUCACAAUCCGACGCCUCAGACUCGGAUCCUCUAGAUGCUCUCAUCGGUCCUGCNCCUCCGUCGAAUCCUCCGGUCCGUUCACGAGGUCGUGGCACUCAGAAUAGUACUUCGGCCAUUGACAGCCAUUUUUCCUCGAAUUAUGAUCCGUCUGUCGACGUGCAACCAGAUCCACAAGAAGACGACAGUUUGGACUGGGACCAGGCUCUUGAAGCUCUACGCGACCGCCAGAGAUGGAAACAACAAGGUGCAGACAGACUCCGUGCGGCUGGCUUUACCGAGAAAGAGGUCAGCAAAUGGGAGAAAGGUGGCGAUAAAUCGGAAGAGGAUGUAGUAUGGGCAAAGAAAGGCGAAGGUCGAGAAUGGGAUCGAGGCAAGGUUGUAGAUGAGCAUGGUGCGGUUGACCUCAAGCCAGAAUGGGGCAGGCUGAAAGACUCAUGA